GCCAGCAGGGCGGGCGGAGGCGGCCGCGGGGAGUUGGGGGCGCGGCACCCCCUCCCCUCCCCUCCCUUCGCCGCCCCUCUCCGCCGGGGGAGCGGGACCCGUCGAGGGCGGAGGACGGAAAGUUGGGGAGAGAAAUGUGAAUCCAAAUGGAGCACUCGGAAGGAGGCGAGCAGAGCCAGCAGCAGCAGCCCUGGGGGAAGCUGAUCCGGCUGGGUACUGAUGAGGCUGAGCCGCACGUCCUGCUGCUGAAAAGAGAAUGGACAAUUGGUCGGAAGAAAGGUUGUGACUUAUCUUUCCCUGGCAACAAGUUGGUGUCUGGAGAUCACUGUAAAAUCAUAGUGGAUGAAGAAUCUGGUCAAGUGUCAUUGGAAGAUACAAGUACAAAUGGAACAGUAAUUAACAAACUGAAAGUAGUUAAGAAGCAGACAUACCCUUUACAGACGGGGGAUGUGAUCUAUGUUGUUUACAGAAAAAAUGAGCCAGAGAACAAUGUUGCUUAUCUUUAUGAAUCCUUAAACACGAAACAUGAGGCAACUCAAGAACCAGUAGAAGUUAAUGUAGAAAACCAAUGCCAUGUGACCAAAGAUACCUCAAGUACCAGAAGAAGUAAUGAUGAGACACAAAUUACCUCAUCACUGUCAGCUACUCAGUCUUGCUAUGAGGAACCACAGCCAUCUACUUCUACAUCUAACCUCUUUAAUGCUGCUUCUACCUCUCUUACUGAGUCUGCAUCUGUUCAGCAGGAUAAUCCUUCUACAUCUGGAUCACAACCCUCAGUUUUCACUCCUGUGCCUGCUUUCCCCGUCUCAGAAUCUGUGGGUCUGAGUGCGCUGCAUGGUGAACGUGAAAAGCUGGAUAUGGACACUGAAACUUCUGCAAUCACUUCAGAAAUCACUGACAAAGAAAAUACAGAAUCUGAUUCUCAAGGGACAGGGGAGGAGGAAGGUUUGGAACCUGCCAAGAAGAAAAUGAAAGGAGAUGAAGAUGCUUGUCCAAAUCUUUCACCAGCAGCUCCAAGUGAAUGUAUAAUUAAAAUUGGCUCUGAAGAUGCAAAAACAUCGAAUGUGAAACCAGAUAAGAUGGAGGAAACAUUAACUUGCAUUAUCUGCCAAGAACUGCUGCAUGAUUGUGUAAGCCUGCAGCCUUGUAUGCAUACUUUUUGUGCUGCCUGCUACUCAGGAUGGAUGGAAAGAUCUUCUCUAUGUCCAACUUGUCGUUGUCCAGUAGAACGUAUUUGUAAAAAUCACAUAUUGAACAACUUGGUCGAAGCUUAUCUGAUUCAGCACCCAGAUAAAUGUCGUAAUGAAGAUGACGUCCGCAGCAUGGAUGCUAGAAACAAAAUUACUCAAGACAUGUUGCAGCCUAAGGUGCGCAGAUCUUUCUCAGAUGAGGAAGGAAGUUCUGAAGACUUACUAGAGUUGUCAGAUGUAGAUAGUGAAUCUUCAGAUAUCAGCCAACCAUAUAUAGUGUGCAGACAGUGCCCAGGGUAUCGAAGACACUCUGUUCCAACUCUGCCUGGCACAGGCCAAGAGACAGAAGCAGGGGGAAUGCAAGCACUGGGAGAUGCACCAUCUACAUCUGCCAACUUCCCUGCAGCUGUCCAGGAAUAUGUGUGUCCUGCUCAAGGAAGUCAUGUAAUAUGCACCUGCUGCUUUCAGCCAAUGCCUGACCGAAGAGCAGAGCGUGAACAGAAUCCUCAUGUUGCUCCUCAGCAAUGUACAGUUUGUCUGCAACCCUUCUGUCACUUGUACUGGGGCUGCACUCGGAUGGCAUGCUUUGGCUGUUUGGCACCAUUCUGUGAAAUAAAUCUUGGUGAUAAGUGUUUAGAUGGAGUCCUAAAUAACAACCACUACGAGUCAGAUAUCCUGAAGGAUUACCUGGCAUCCAGGGGUUUGACAUGGAAAAAUAUGUUAAAUGAAAGUCUCUUAGCUCUUCAAAGAGGUGUUUUUAUGUUGUCAGAUUACAGAGUCACUGGGAACACGGUGCUUUGCUACUGUUGUGGCCUUCGCAGCUUUCGAGAACUUGCCUACCAGUACAGGCAGAAUAUUCCUGUUGCUGAAUUGCCAGUGACUGUCACAUCACGUCCUGAUUGCUACUGGGGACGCAACUGCCGGACUCAGGUCAAAGCACAUCAUGCCAUGAAAUUCAAUCACAUUUGUGAACAAACACGAUUCAAGAACUGAAUACUUGUAGUCUGUAGAGAUGGGACAGAUACCUGUUACACUGCUUGUACAGUUCUAAGUUUUCAGGGGAAUCUUCUCAGUUCCCUCCCAUAGCAGGGAAUCAAUAACUUUUGCAUCAGGUAAUCUGGUGUGAACUUUUUAAUUAGUGGGAUUUUACAGCUGUGCAUCAAUAAGGUAGAUUUUUAUUCUUCUUUUUUUUUUUUUUUUUGUUCCAAGAAAGUCCAGCAAACAUUGCAUUCCAUCCUCAUGACUACAGUGUUCCUGUAUCACUUCAGUCAAGAACACAAAAAGAAAUCAAACACACACACACACAAACCAGCCAUAUCUUGGGAAGACCUAAGAAUAAGGAGUGUAUUUGCACUACUUGUGAAGAAACUUAAGAAAAAUCCUUAGACUUAAAAUAGAAAUGUUUUGUUUAAAAGUGUCUGAUAGAUGUUUCAAGAGCCAUUAAUAUUUAAGAAGGAAGUUGUCAGUGUAUAUUUGUAACUUCAGGCUGGUAGUCUGAUGUUUUGUUGCUAUCCCAUUGCAUUUGGGCUAGAAAUCAUGUUAAUAUCCACUUCAGAUGAAAGCUCCAUCCGUUGAGCAGCUCUUUCAACUUAAAGCUUCUGCCAUCUGUGCAGUGUUAAGAGUGGAAGUAGUAGAGUUUCUUUUCUUAGUUGAGUGGUAUUGAUGUUUUUAUUCACAUGAAAUGACAAGAAAGAAUUGCACAAGAAUUUGAAAAAUCACAUUUAAAGUUGGGGUAAUACUUGAAGCAGAACAGACUUCUGCUAAUGUUACUUCUGUAGUGUUUUAUAUCAGAAGACCAAACAGUGCUUUGGAUGUAGAGCAGCCAGUAGGACACACUGGUUUAGUUUUUUUAUUCCUUUUGGGUUUGUUUUGUUGUGGG